UAUUUGUAAGAGUGGCAACCUUGUAGGAUCGAGCGACUUUUAAGGUUAUUUUGAUGAUCCUUCGACUCGUUGAUGAAAACCCAAAUCAAAUGAUUGAGAAAUAUUAGGGAAUUGGAGUGCAAAAGCCCUAAUCUACAAUGCAUAAACUCAAGUCGUCCCAAAGAGAAAAAGUGAAGAAAUUUAUAUCGUUUACGCAAACAGGCGAGAAUACAGCGAUCUAUUGCCUUACACAAAACGACUGGAAAUUAGACUUAGCCAGCGAUAAUUACUUUCAAAAUCCUGAUGCGUACUAUAAAGAGCCGAGAAACGUCGAUAAAAAGAAGUUAGAGGCUUUGUACAAUAGAUAUAAAGACCCAAAUGAGCCCGACAAAAUCACAGUUGACGGAAUUAUGAGAUUCUUAGACGAUUUAGGAUUACCCCCUGAAUCGAAAUUAGUACUGAUAAUAGCGUGGAAAUUCAAAGCUGCGACACAAUGCGAGUUUACCAGAGAUGAGUUCGUAAACGGAAUGACAGAGCUAGGUUGUGAUAAUAUUGAUAAGUUAAAAGCUAGACUGUCAACGUUAGAAAAUGAAAUUAGAGAUAAUUACAAGUUUAAAGACUUUUAUCAGUUUACUUUUAAUUAUGCGAAAAAUCCGGGCCAGAAGGGACUAGACCUAGACAUGGCCAUCGCCUACUGGAACAUUGUUCUUAAAGGAAAAUUCAAAUUCUUGGAUUUAUGGUGCACGUUUCUGCAGGAAAACCACAAACGGUCGAUUCCCAAAGACACCUGGAACUUGCUGUUAGAUUUUGCUCAACAAAUCGCUGAUGAUAUGAGUAAUUAUGAUGAAGAAGGCGCUUGGCCCGUCCUAAUUGAUGAUUUCGUCGAGUGGGCUUCGUCAAGAACAAAAGAAAACCAACAACACAGUAGCCCUCUCGAUUAGCGAAACUAUUUAUUUGAAUAAACAACGUGCCGAAUACUUUGGAUGACAUUAAAUAUGCUAAAAUUGUGUUUCGUUCCAACUGAAAUAUCCUGCCGCGAAUAGUUGAAAAUGUAGACUACGCUUUUAGUAAUAAAUAAAUUACAAUAUAAUACAAGAUAUUGUAGCGGAUUGUGCAUUAAUUAAUACUUUUGUCGGUUGUGAAAGUUUUCUCUAACUAUUUUUUACACAGUGAUUGCGGCGGGCCGAAUUUAAUGUCAUUCAAUCUGUUUUCGUUUUAUUUAUUAAAUAGAAAGAAAUUGUAAAUAGCAAACAUGAAGAAAUUUUGAGCACUAAAAUUGUAAAUUUUCAUCAGCUGUAAUAAAUAAUUAUAUUGUUUUUAA